AUGGACAGACCCAAGUGCAUUCUAGAGAUCAUUCAAAAGUUUCGCAGGGCUGUUCUGGUUACCCAGGUCAUCCACAAUCUCAUUAAAAUGUACAGGAACUCUACUGUACCAAGAGCUGAACUGUUAUCAUUUACAGAGUUGCAGUUCACUGGAAUCAAGACAGAGACGGACGACCUCCUCUUUGACCUGUCUUAUUUCAAAGCUAAAAUGGAGAAAAAAAUCAGCAAUGAGGCCCGGAUAAUCCUUUCAGGACCACCAGAAAAUCGGAGUCCGACUGACAUCAAAACAGCGAUGUUGUCUUUGCGGGCUUCUGUUGGCACUUUCUCGAAAUACCCCGUUCACAUUCAAGAAAAACUGGCCAAACUGGGCUCGUAUGAAUGUUUCGGCCCUGGAAGAGUCAUCGCCAGACAAGGACAAGUCCCACAGAACUUCUACUUGAUUCUCUCUGGCACGGCUGUUGUCAGACACACCUCGCUCAACACAACGACUGGAGAACUCUGGGCCCAAACCUCCGACAUCCUGAAGGCAGGGAAAUGCUUUGGGGAUGUGGCCAUUUUGACUCAGGCUAGGAGAAAAGCCACAGUCGUCUGUCAUGAUACUGUUUCCCUACUGGCUGUUUCCAGACAGGACUUUUUAAAUAUAUUUCUCAAUAAAGGCACCGGAGAGGGGUCGGACUUCAUGAAGUUCCUGAAUGGAAUUGAACUGCUCUCGGGUUGGCCUAUCCAGAAACUGCCUUUCUCUGACCCAAGAAUUUGUGUUCACACCUUUUUUAGGUCAGGAAUAGUUAUAACAAAAGACUCGAAAGCAUCUUCCAAAAUUUAUGUGGUCAAGACUUAUCCCAUUAUGAACCUCUUACCCAUUAAUUUUUUCAAAUCUCUCUUGAACCUAUUGAUAUUUUUGGCCUGCACAACUUCCCUUGUCCUGAAACUGUGGGAUUUGGGGAAUGGCAAUUCUGUGUGUGUGCUGACCACCCUCGUCAUGAUUUUCCACCUGGCUCUCCAGAAGUAUUAUCGGAAGUUAACAGAUGCUUGGAGACACCAAGUGGAUUUUGAAAAGAUGAAGGAGGAGUGGGGAAAACUGCGGGUAUUGAAGGCAGUUACCCUCUCGAAACCUCAGUGGUCAACGAAGCCUUCUAAAUCCUCAAAACCAUCCUGCAGAUCCAUUAGCAAUGAAGAUUAUUCCGGGAAAGCUGUGAUCAAGCAGCGGGACCCCGGAAAUAAGAAGAGUCAGACCACGGGGGAUUCCUCUAAAAACAUGGAGCCCCUGAUCUCAGCGAGACCAUACAAUCAACAAGACCCUUGGCAGGCAGCUUCCACCCACGUGAAACGGGCAACAGCUUCAACCACCAGAGAAACUCUGGGGAAGAAGAAGAAAGACGGUUACUCAGCCUUAUCCCAACAUAUGCACAUUGAAACGCUCCGAGCUGGCGACGUCUUUGGUCUGGCCCAUGUGGUCUACGAGGACACCCCGAGCAUGACCCUCAUUUCCGACGGAGCGGAGUGCAUCGUGAUAUCACAGGACUUCUUCAGGAUGCACACGGACGAACAAUAUCUCCAGAAGCUGAGUUCUGCUGUUUAUUUCUCCAUCAGAGGUAACCGAAACUGCAGGCUACUCCAUAAGCACGGCAGCGUUACUGCCGCGAAGGUUCGGCCUUAUCCUUCCUACGAAAUGCUGCAAGAAAAGAUGCAGGAUGACAUCGACUGGAAGGCGUACAAAUCUCUUCUGCUCAAUGGGCUGCCUUAG